AUGGAGCUUUUCAAGAAAUUGGAAAUAACCAUACCGUUCUCUGAGGCACUCCAGCAAAUCCCAUCUUAUGCAAAGUUUUUGAAAGAACUCAACACGAAGAAAAGGAAGUACCUUGAGAAGGAAACAAUUGAGAUGCAAGGGAAUUGCAGUGCAAUUUUACAAAGGACACUACCUCCUAAAUUACAAGAUCCAGGAAGCUUCACCAUUCCUUGUACUAUUGGAGAAUUAGAUGUUGGGAAAGCUUUGAUUGAUCUUGGAGCUAGUAUAAAUCUGAUGUCUCUCUCUAUGUUCAAAAAGCUUAGCGGAGUGGAAAUCAGACCAACAAGAAUGGUUCUCCAAUUAGCUGAUAGAUCUCUCAAAUAUCCUUAUGGAAUUUCUUAA